UGUUAUGCAGCUAGGCUAAAGAUACAUUUGCAAGGUUGCAAGUCGUAUUUAUAUUGCAAAAGUUAGAAUGACUUAUUAUGCUGCAAGUUCAGCUUUGGAAUCAAUUUUUUACAACGUAUUGAUGUAAAAACAUAAUGAAUGUACUGCCAAACCAUCUUGUCAAGUCACUGAAGGAAGAUUUCAAGAUAUUGGACUACAGCAAGUGGGAGAGAUGCAACAGGAGCAAGACAGAGCCCCCUCCCUGGGUGAUUUUGCCCCCACUGCCCAACAAGACUACUGGCUCACCAAGCGAGCGUUAUCCAGCCACAGGGAGAGAGGAGAGUGGGACCUCUGCCACCCAUAACUUUUUCCCAACAACCGACAAGCCAGGGAAGUCUCGCCCCAACACUGGCCAUGAAGAGUCCACUGUGACAUCUAUGGGACGACUCUCUCGACGGAGGAGGAACGAAAGAGUGAAGCUGGACCCCAUCACUUUGAAGAAACAAGAAAAUAUCAAAACACUGAACUUGCUGAUUAUGUCGAGGAAGAAGGCCCUAGUGGAGCUGGAGAAGCACUGUGCAUUGCUGCAGGAGAGCAACGUCCGUAUGGCCGGGGAGAUAGACAGUACAGACAGACAGUCAGUGUCCAGUGCCAGGGAAUUCCUCAUCCGGCAUGACAAAUUAGGGAGUUCUAUAGCUGCAUUCAACAGCUGGAGCCACAGUCAGAUGGAGCAGGCCAAGACAGAGCUCCAGGAGGCUGAGACUGCUGCAAAGAACAGACUUUGGGGUCUCCAUGAGCAGCUGAGGGGGGUGAAGGCAGAGCUGGUGAACGCCCAGGCGGAGCUCCACACCCUGAAGACCUACAAGGAUAAAGAGUACCCCGUCAAGGCCCUGCGCAUUGCCGAGAUAAAGAGAGAGAUUGAGAAACUCAAAGAGACACAGCAGGAUGAGAAUGAGGACGUGAACUUGCUGUGCCAGACAGAGAUGGUGUACCUGGAGAGACGAUCCCAACACGAAGAGCAGGAAGUCCUCUCUGUCAUAGCUAAGCAAAAUGUUUCAUAUAUUCCCUGUGUCGUCAAACUGAUGGCCGCACAUAAUCAGACGAUAAAAAAAGAAAUUGGAAUCCACAAAAAGGAAAUUGCGGAGCUGGAAGAUACGAACAGAGAGCUGAUCAAGAGUGUCCAGGAACUGCAAAUAUCACGGACCAACAUCAGGAAAGACAUCUUCCAAGACGUUUUCCCCAAAUCAGAUAAAUGCACCCCGGAUAUGGAGGUGACCUUAAACAUCCCUCGUGAGGAGUGGCUCCCCAUUUAGAUGUGUGACAGACUAGGAGAGACACGACUUGUGUGUCGCUCGGCUGCAUUUAAACCUGCUGGGCUCUUCUUGGCACAACCCCAGAAUUUCUGUUAUACUGAGUGCCCAUCUUCUCCUACUACAGUGCCCAAUCUUCUUAAAACAAGUUCUGCAUUGUAAUACCAGUCAACUGGGACCAAUAAACACUUGUGAACAUUUCUAAUAAA